AUGUACGAAAAUCAUGAUUCUCCUUCACUUCCUCAUGCUGCAUUUACCAGCGAUAGAACAUCACCUCGGCGCAAUCAUGCAUUGAAUCAAGACGACGACGAAGAAGAGUUUGUUGGAUUUCCACUGUCGAUACAAAGAAGUCCCAAUGGCCUGCCUCAAAGGCAAUCGCCAAAUAUAUUCACGAGAAGCGCUGCCCGUACACCAGUUGUGAGUAGCCGCAAUUUGAACUUAUUGGAAUCAGCUACGCCGAACCUCCAAUUCGGUGGAGGAACUCCAAGGUCUCAUUUUACAUCUCGUGAAUCUCCCAAGAGAGAUAGAAGAACGGAAAUAGCCAUUGAUGAUCAUGAAGAUGAAGAUGGCGAUGUCUUUUCUGGAUCUCCCAGAAGAUCAACGUUCGGUCGCUCAAACAACAGUUCCAAUAGAAGCGAACGAUUCUUGGCUCCGCCCCAACCCAUUUUUUCGCCUGAGACAUUUGCCGAAGCAAACCCUUUCAGCGAUGAAAAAGAGUAUGAUGAUAAUGAUUCAGGUGACGAGAAGACUGUGACAAGUAGAACUCCACGUGCAAGUUACGACUACGAUACUUACCAAAAGGCACAUGAUUUCGAAGAACAAUCCUUGUACUCUGAGUCCACUGCAUAUUCCGGAGCCAAAUCCUAUACUUCCUCUGCGGGCGAGGAAAGCGAGUACUUUGGCGCUUCAAUUGACAGAAAUGUGAUGCAAAAUAUUGACGACGGAUAUGUUCCAAAGAGAGACAAAACACUCACGAAAAGAAAAGUUAGAUUAGUCGGAGGAAAAACUGGAAAUUUGGUAUUGGAAAAUCCCAUCCCUGAGGAGUUAAAGAAUGUUUUGACUCGUACUGAGUCACCCUUUGGCGAAUUUACGAACAUGACAUACACUGCUUGUACCUCUGAACCCGACACGUUUGCUAGUGAGGGAUUCACACUUCGUCCUGCAAAGUAUGGCAGAGAGACUGAGAUUGUCAUCUGUGUUACCUUAUACAAUGAAGAUGAGUUCUCUUUUGCAAGAACAAUGCAUGGCGUGAUGAAGAAUGUGGCUCAUCUUUGUUCAAGACACAAAUCAACUACAUGGGGCAAGGAUUCAUGGAAGAAAAUUCAAGUGAUAAUCGUGGCAGAUGGUAGAAAUAAAGUCAAUGAAUCUGUGUUACAAUUGUUGACAGCCACUGGUUGUUAUCAGGGUAACUUGGCAAGAUCCUAUGUGAAUAAUAAAAAGGUGAAUGCCCACUUAUUCGAAUACACUACUCAGAUUUCCAUCGAUGAAAACCUCAAGUUCAAAGGUGACGAGAAGAAUUUAGCUCCAGUCCAGGUUAUGUUCUGUCUCAAAGAAAAAAAUCAAAAGAAAAUCAAUUCUCACAGAUGGCUCUUUAAUGCUUUUUGUCCCAUUCUUGACCCUAACGUUGUUAUAUUGCUCGAUGUCGGAACCAAGCCAGACAACCAUGCUAUCUACAACCUCUGGAAGGCAUUUGAUCGCGACUCCAAUGUGGCGGGUGCCGCUGGAGAGAUCAAGGCCAUGAAAGGAAAAGGCUGGAUCAACCUCACAAAUCCGUUGGUUGCAUCGCAAAAUUUCGAGUACAAAAUGUCUAACAUCCUUGAUAAACCCUUGGAAUCAUUGUUCGGUUGUAUUUCUGUCUUGCCAGGAGCAUUGUCAGCAUAUCGAUACAUUGCACUUACAAACAAUGAAGAUGGAACUGGUCCUCUUGCCUCAUACUUCAAAGGUGAAGAUCUUUUGAAUGCUGCGAGCCACGAUGUUAAGACCAACUCUAAGACCAACUUUUUUGAAGCAAAUAUGUACCUUGCAGAAGAUCGUAUCUUGUGUUGGGAAUUAGUGGCUAAGAAAAAUGAGAAUUGGGUCUUAAAAUUUGUCAAACUGGCCACUGGAGAAACAGAUGUUCCAGAAACACUCAGUGAAUUCUUAUCACAGAGGCGUCGUUGGAUCAAUGGUGCAUUUUUUGCAGCAUUGUACUCUUUGAAAAACUUUAACAAAAUUUGGCAAACUGACCACUCUUUGCUUCGAAAGUUCUGGUUACACGUUGAAUUUGUUUAUCAGUUUAUCACCCUCGUCUUUUCGUUUUUCUCGUUGAGUAACUUCUACUUGACAUUCUACUUCUUGACCGGCUCCCUUGUGUCUACCAAGAAUUUUGGUAAUAAUGGAGGAUUCUGGAUCUUCACGAUUUUCAACUAUUUGUGCAUUUGUGUUUUGACUUCAUUGUUCAUUGUUUCAAUUGGUAAUCGACCUCAAGCCUCACGUCAUAUAUUCAAGACAUUGAUAAUACUUUUGACCGUGUGUGCGCUUUAUGCUUUGAUGUCGGCUUUAAUCCAC